GCAAACGGAUAAAAAAACAAAUCUAUAUCGGGACAGCCCCAGCUGUCAGCGGCAGAAACCUGAACAGGUGGCUCCUACAGUGUCUUAGCAGAGCGCGUCAAGGCGCAGAGACCCUCAACAGCUUGUCUCUCUCGCUAAUCUCUUCUCUGACGACAGCGCAUUUACACCGUGCGCGUAAAACCAGCAGCACGACAGGUCUGGAUCGGUGGAUCUGAUCAGUCAUCAGGAUUUUACUCAUCAGUGUUGUUUCAGUGUCCGUCACGAAGUUGGACUUGUUGGAACGCGUGUCUUGGUUUUGAGGCUGGACCGACAGAGUUGGAUACAAUGAUUCUUUCUUGGAUUUUAUAAUCUCCCCUCUGUGUUUUGGAUUGUCAAUCAGCUGUAAAGACACUGAUAACAGCAUGUUGCCAGAAAUAAACAACAAGACAUCACGACCGGAGGCUUUCCCUCACCCUCACAGACUCCCAGCAGAAGGAAACCGGCUUGGAACAAACCGACCGUGCUCACAGAAGUUUGGCCCUGGUGUAGGGACUUUGCCUCAGCUUGAGCCACCGGUGGUCCAGGUGGUGGUCAGCAAUGCCAAAAACCAGCACCAGCAGUCGGACAACAUCCUGCCCCAAAUUGCCAACAAAGGGGGCCAAAACAACUUUCAGACACACUCGGAUGAGAGGCCGAAGCCCACCCAGCAGUUUGCCAUGCGGUUUGGCGCAGCAAUGGAUAAAGUGUCAGUCUCUCGCAACAGCAAGAUUUUCAGCAACAAGCUGGAGAAAGAGAAAGUGUAUGAGGGACAGAGAUUACCCAUGUCACCCAUAGAGGCACUCAAGAACUUCCAGGAGCGUCUGACAGAGUUUGAGCAGGAGGAAAUCAUGGACUACACAGAGAUUUGGUUCCUGGGUCUGGGCUCUCAGAAGAUCGAGGGUUCCCAGGGAGCACCGCAGAACUCUGGAUAUGAUGAUGAACAUGGAAGCUACAUUAGGGUGCUGCACGACCACAUUGCCUAUAGGUUUGAGGUGCUUGAAGUGAUUGGGAAAGGCUCCUUUGGGCAGGUCCUAAAAUGUCUGGACCACAAAAACAAUGAACUCGUAGCCAUUAAGAUGAUACGCAAUAAGAAAAGGUUUCAUCACCAAGCCCUAGUUGAGCUGAAGAUCUUGGAUGUAAUAAAGCGAAAAGACAAAGACAACCUCCACAACGUCAUCCACAUGAAGGAGUACUUUUACUUCAGGAAUCACCUUUGCAUCUCCUUUGAGCUGCUCGGGGUGAACUUGUACGAGCUCAUCAAAAAGAACAACUUCCAGGGCUUCAGUCUCGCGCUCAUCCGUCGGUUUGCCCACGCUCUGCUCAGGUGCCUCCAGAUGCUGCACAGGGAGAAGAUAAUACACUGCGACCUCAAACCGGAGAACAUUCUUCUGUCUCAGAGAGGUCCAGGGAACAUCAAGGUGGUGGACUUUGGGUCAAGCUGUUAUGAACAACAAAGGGUGUAUACCUACAUCCAGAGCCGCUUCUACCGCUCCCCGGAGGUGAUCCUGGGUCACCCCUAUAGCAUGGCCAUUGACAUGUGGAGUCUGGGCUGCAUCCUAGCUGAGCUCUACACAGGCUAUCCUCUCUUCCCAGGAGAGAGCGAAGUGGAGCAGAUAGCUUGCAUAAUGGAGGUUCUGGGAAUGCCUCCAAAUGAUUUUGUUCAGUCAGCAUCGAGGAGGAGGUUGUUCUUUGACUCCAAAGGAAACCCAAGGAACAUCACCAACAGCAAGGGGAAGAAGCGAAGACCCAACUCCAAGGAGCUGGCAGCUGCUUUGAAAACAAAUGAUGCUUUGUUCUUAGACUUCAUCAGACGCUGCCUCACUUGGGAUCCAACCAAGCGUAUGACUCCUGACGAGGGGUUACAGCACGAGUGGAUCCUGGAGGGGAAUUUCAACAAAGUCAGGCCAAGAACCAAGCCCACCGUGAAGAAGGCCUCUGACAGUUCAAGCAGCACAGACAGGCAAACAAACACCAAGCCUGCAGAGAAGGUCAGCUCAGAAAGCAACGCUAACGACAAGCUGAAGAGAGACAGCUCAGAAACAGGAACUAAGAUGACUCCUGCCGAACGUCUGCGGCCCAUUGGGGCUUCAGCGGAGGAGGAGGUGUGCGAGAGCGAGGGAAAGCUCUCCAUGGAUACCAAACAACAAGGAGGUGGAGAAAGGCCUGUUCACAUCAUCAUCAAGCCUCAAGGGGAAGUGGGCACAGAGAGAAAAGACAGUCAGGAACCAUCUCAGUGUUUGCCCCCUAUCAUCUAACAGUCCAAUAGAAACUUACUGCGUUUAUGACAAGUGGGAACUAAGGACGUUCAGGCUCAAUAUCCUACUUCCCACUUGAGAAUGGUUGAGUUGUUGAAGCGGAAGUAAAUGGAUGGCUGAGAGAAAGUUGCAUUUGUUCGGCUCUGCACACACAGAAAAUAAAAAGAUCCUUCAUGCUGUUAUUUGUACAAACAUGUUGCAGUUGUGUCUCCAUGACGUCACAAAACAAAAUCAGGGCACAGAGAAAAGUCUGAGUUUCUGAGUUUUAGUUGGAAAGUAGCUUAAGUGGAUGUUUUCUACUGACAGGUAGGAAAUAAAACCAGUUCCCACAUGCCAUGAACAAAAUACUGAUGUGUGGAGGGGAUACACUGAUCAUCGGCAAAGAAGGACAUCUUCUAUUUAUUGUUUUAAAUAUGCAGUCAUCGUGUAUUAUUUUUAUUCUGUGAAACUUUGAUUUUCAGUCAACCAGUUGUACGUUUGUUUUUGUUUGUUUUCUUUUUUUAUAUAAAGGACUUAAGAUGCAGUUGCAGACAGGUAUUUUGUUUAAAUGUGUCACAAUGGAGACAUCAGUCUGUCUGCCACAUUAGAGUACAUUUGUUGAGUUCAGAUCAGAUAGUUCAAAAUCUUUAUUCACAGUGCAGCAAAAAGCGUUUUGCUGUCGCUGUCUCCUGUAUUAUUUAUUGAACCUAAUCUUUGCUGUGCAUUGACAUCUCAGAUAAACAGGUUAGAUUUUUACUUCUCUCAGUUUCCAUGUUAAAAAACAACAUAGUUGACUUUUUUUUUUUUUAAUUCAUAGGUAGGAAAAUCAUUCAAAUCUUUGUUUUUGCUUUUUUCCUCUUUUCUUGUCAACAUUUUAGACUCAUUUUACUUUCAUAAUAGUAAAAGAUUUUAAGAUUUGUGUGCAAUAAAGGCUGAGCCAAAACAUUUUUUUAAAAUGAUGUUAACAAAGAAAUAAUUGUCUCGUACUUGUAAUUGUAGAAUGCAAUUUAUGACCUACUGAUUAUUAAUUGUUUUGCUUAUUUAUAAUGGAAUAUGUUGGAUCCUAUGUUUCAUAUUUGUUUAACAAUUUAAUUCAACAAUCAUAAAACGUGUAUUUGUAAUAGAAUUUAUUGUAUAUAUUUCUGCUGUAAUUUCUUAUCUAUGUGUAAUACAGAACAUAUUUUAAGAAAAUAUUUCAGAUAUUUGUUGAGGGUUUAGACAAGGUUUUACUUGUUGUGUUGUUACUGUAUGAAAACAUUUUGUCUGUGUUAUUCAUAAUAUUUUUUAUAUUAGAAACAAAAAGACAAUCCUAUUAUUGAUAGUUUGUGCCUUGCAGUAUUAGAAAUCUUGCACUUUACUAUUGUGUGUGUUCACCUGGAUUAGAAACCACUGGAUUCUUACCUGUCAGACAGACAGGAGUUCAGACUACCUUGCCAGGAUCCCUUUCAUUUGACAACGUGUCUCAGCUAAUGUUACAAAACAUAAUGAAACAACUGUUCCAUUAUUUACCACCUUUUUACAAUUGACUUGUGUAUUUAGUCGCCAACAGGGAUCCAACUUAAACUGAAGAUAGACCUGUGCCCUCUCUAUUAGCUAAGCAACCAGAGAUCCCAAGAGGAUGGACUGCAGCUGAAAACGAUAAA